AUGGAAUGGCAACCGCAGGAAGAGCCAUUGAGGCAGCUCGCCAGCUAUCUCAGGGACUCUUUGGAUUCAUAUAACAAGACUCUUCAGAAACAGGCUGAAAUGAUGCUCACUAGAGCCACAGCGAGCCCAGAUUUCGUGAAUUAUUUGACCUUUCUGUUUUGCACUGAAAUCCCUCCAGCGGCUGUCGACAUGGAUCAGAACACAUACGACAUUGUCCGAUUCUCGGCGGCCGUCAAUCUCAAAACCAAGAUACAAAUAGCUUACAAUGCAAUUCCGCCGGAGAGCUUAGUGUUCGUUCGCCGAGCGACUUUAUUGGGGUUGCGAGAUUCAAACCCACAGAUUCGCAGCUCCGCGGGUACUAUAAUAACGGCAUUGAUCCAAAAAGGAGGAUUACUUGCCUGGCCUGAAGUGCUGCAGGAAUUGUUGUCUCUUGUUUCAAACGCUUCGGGUGACGUGACAUCGCAGACUCAGGAAGCCGCCAUGUCAGCAGUCGCAAAGGUCUGCGAAGACAAUCGCAAAAUCCUGGACAAGGACUACGGCGGUCAAAGACCGCUGGAGGUCAUUAUCCCUCGCUUGUUGGAGUUCACGGGCAACGAAAGUUCGAUGAUUCGAUCAACUGCCCUCAGCACAAUUCAAAUCUUCCUAUCGAUGAAGCCCCACGCUUUGAUUGCUAAUUUUGAUACCUUCAUGGUUAAUCUUUUCCGCCUCGCUAGCGAUCCAUCCACAGACGUGCGCCGAACCGUUUGCCAAGCAUUUGGGCAGUUGGCAGAGAUUGCGCCGGAGCAGCUUAUUCCUCAUAUGUCGGGUUUGGUGGACUAUAUCAUUCUUCAGCAGAACAACAAUGAAGAUCCCGAACUUGCUCUGGACGCAGCUGAGUUUUGGCUCACGGCUGGAGAGCAGCCGGUUUUGCAACAAGCACUUGGUCAAUACCUUCCCAAGAUUGUCCCAUUGUUGCUCCGGAGUAUGAUAUAUGACGAGGAUGAGGUGGAGCGGUUGGCUGCGGAGAACGACGAUGCCGAAGAAGAGGAUCGCGCCGAAGAUUUGAAACCUCGGUUCGCGAAGGCUAAGGGUUCCAGAUUAGAAGGAAGUACAGAUGCAAGCGGAAAACCAGAACAUAUCGAAGAGCGGGAAGAUGGAGAAUUGAGCGACGAUGAUACUGACUAUGAUGACGAUGACCCUGAAGAUGCCUGGACAUUGAGGAAGUGCUCAGCUGCCGCUUUGGAUAUCUUUUCAAACGUUUACCAUUCUCCUGUUUUCGACCUUAUUCUCCCAUACCUCAAAGAAACCCUUCGGCAUGAACAGUGGCCGAACCGUGAGGCGGCUGUUUUGACUCUUGGUGCCGUUGCUGAUGGAUGUAUGGAUGCUGUUACUCCUCACUUACCCGAAUUGAUUCCAUACCUUAUUUCUCUACUCAACGACCCGGAACCUGUGGUCCGGAAGAUUACUUGCUGGUGUUUGGGUAGAUACUCUGAAUGGGCUGCUCAUCUCGAAGGUCCCAACCAAUCCGCUCAAUAUUUCGAGCCGAUGAUGGAAGGUAUUCUUCGCCGCAUGCUUGAUAACAACAAGAAAGUGCAGGAGGCUGCUGCAUCUGCAUUUGCCAGCCUUGAGGAAAAGUCUGAUGCCAGCUUGAUCCCAUACUGCGAGCCAAUCCUGCGACAAUUUGUCGAAUGUUUCAAGAAAUACAAAGAUCGCAACAUGUAUAUCUUGUACGACUGUGUUCAGACCUUGGCUGAUUGCGUCCAGUCAGAGCUGGCUAAACCCCAUCUCGUCGAUCUUCUGAUGCCAGCUUUGCUUGAUAGAUACAACAGGAUAUCCGACCAAUCACAGGAACUCUUCCCUCUUCUUGAGUGCCUUGGUUACGUUGCUAAUUCUUAUGGAGAGGUUUUUACUCAGUUCGCGGCUCCAAUUAUCCAGCGAUGCUCCAAAAUUGUAUACGACAACAUUCAGCAAUCUGUUCAAGCAGCACAAGAUCCUUCUAUUGACGAACCAGAUAAGGAUUUCCUUAUCACUAGCCUUGACUUGAUGAGUUCUAUUAUUCAAGCCGUUCCAUCUAACGAGAUCAGCCAACUGGUCGCAAACUCACAGCCAAAAUUCUUCGACCUGCUGUGCUACUGCAUGAAUGAUCCUAACAACGAGGUGCGCCAGUCAUCGUACGCUUUGCUGGGCGACUGUGCCAUCCAUAUUUUCCCACAGCUCCAACCAUACAUUCCAACCAUCAUGCCUGUAUUAAUCAAACAACUUGAUCUCGAGUCGCUCGUAGACGAAACGGCUUUCAGUGUUGUCAACAAUGCUUGCUGGUCUCUCGGUGAAAUCGCCUUGGACGAAAAGGCUGAUCUGGGACCUUGGCUCGAAAAGCUGUAUCCUGCAUUGCUCGCUAUCAUCUCCAACGAAAUGGUCAUUGAUUCAGUGAAUGAGAAUGCUGCAGUGGCUCUAGGCCGAUUGGGUAUCAGCAAAUCAGAGUUGCUUGCUCCACACUUGCAACAGUUUGCUCAGGAGUUUAUUAAGUCCAUGACGAAAGUUGACUUUUCACGCGAAAAGGCGACUGCGUUCCUUGGCUUCAACCGCGUUGUGAUGCACAACCCACAAGCAAUGGAGAGCUGUUUGGGCGAGUAUUUCACCAGUAUAGCUUCUUUCCCUCAGAAGUCUCUUGCUCAGGAAGAGUACCGAGAUCUACAUCAAUCUUUUCAACAGGCAUGUUACCAAGAACUGAUUCCCAGCUUUGACUCCUUCCUAUCCACGCUACCUCCACAAGUAACUCAACGACUCAAGUCGAGCUACCAGAUCUAG